UGGCAACAUUUGGGUAGGAGUUGUGGCGGCUGCCCCAUCAAUUACAGCCGCAGACGAGCCAUGGAACGUAAAGCAACUGCACCUCCGCGGCGAGUAAUGGUGGUGGCAGAUCCAACCCGGGAAUCAGCGGGUGCACUCCAAUAUGCGCUUUCUCAUGCAGUUCUUGAACACGAUGAAUUGAUCCUUUUCUUUGUUGAGAACCAAAAUACCUGGCGAAACACAUUCACGACGUUACUCAAAAUACCUAGCAUUGCUUCCGCGGCCAUCGCUACUAUGUCCUUUGAAGGAACCUUUGAGGAGGACGUGGAUUUUCUUGAAGAAAUGAAGAAUGUAUGCGAACGUGUACAACCAAAAUUGCGUGUGCGUGUGGAGAGGGUGGCAAUGGAGGAAGGCAGAGACAAAGCAAACACUAUUCUACAUCAAAGCGAUGUUCUUGGGGUUGAUAUCAUAGUUAUAGGGCAACGAAGGAAAAUUUCGAUGGAUAUUUUAGGGUGAGUUCUCUUUCUCUGUAGAUGUUCUAGUUACAAUACUUCUGUUUAUAUAUAUAUAUAUAUAUAUUUUUUUUUUUUUUAAGUGGAGAAAUUAAGAUUACGUGGGAUUCUCUUAUGUGAUCUAUGUAUAUCAACAUCAUGCAUAACAUAAGAUUUCUAUGUAUAUUAAUAUCAUGCAUAACAUGAGACUAUAUAUCUUUGACUUGGACUUUUCAUAAUAUCGUUCCACUUUUAAUUUUUAACGUCAUAUCUCAAGAACUACUAGGUAUCUUAAUUUGAUUUUUAUUAAAAGUUAAGAAAAAUGAGAAACGAAAACAAACGGAAAUUCAUGCA